GUUUAAUAUCUCCACCCACACUAAGCACCCUAUGACGCUCAUGCACAGGGGGGCCACCUGACGCGCAACCCGGCGAUAUUAGCCAAUAUUAACUACUCUGUCUCUCCAAAGAUGAUUUCUUUCUAAUUUUAAGCUCGAGGUCAUCUUUAAUAAAGGCUCACCAGAUCAAAUCAGGCGGGGGAAACCAUUUAAUAAGAAGCUGUUCAGGCCGAUCUGGUUUCCCGGCAACCAAUUUAGUGCGGGAGGGGGAGGCUUAUCGAACUUGUCAGCCCCAACCUCCAGAGGGUCUGACGCAUUGUUUAUGAUCCCUGAAGGAUUUUCCUGCGAUCGUCCAAAAAGCAAAUGCUCCAAAUUUGUUAAUCUUUAGGGGCUUUGGUACCGAUGCCAUCUCCUGCGACGACACAACGUCCCUCCAAUCGUGGAGGAACUGCGAAAUCCACGAAACCGGUCGACAUCGGAGAACCGCUAGGGGUGCACGACACAAAUACGGUGCGCUCGAGAGUGCGAAAAUGGCAGCAACAAGGCGGCGGGGUCGUAACAGUGGACGACCCCUAUGCCGAUGACGAGGAAAAUAAUGCGAAGUCAAAACCAAAGCCUGCUAAGGUCAAGGUAGAGAAGCUGGAGAAGCUGGAGAAGGUCGAGAAGCCGAACAAGGACAAACCCCCGGCCACAAGGAAGCGCAGUCACAGCACACCGCGCAAACGUGUGGUGAGCGAUGAGCAUUGGAAACGAACGCGAAAUCGAGCCUUAACCCAGUCCUCGUCGCGCAAUCUGCCCGCACCUAAGCGCAUAGCCGAAUACACCACAAAUGAAGGGCAGCCUAGGUCUUCACGGGGGAAACACGACGAUAGUGAAGAUGAAGAUGAGAAAGGUCGCGAUCCUGCUCGAGUUCAGGCAAAACGAGGCACCGGAACAGGGUCUAAAUCUCCUACUCGAGACACAAAGUCCGCGGGUGCACGACAGAAUAUCGAUACCAUCACGGAGAGCGACUAUGAGACGGACCAUCCCAGAUCCGUGGAACCUUCGGAGCUCUCGGACAGACUCAAGACGCGCUCCCCUCCUCCAGAGGAUGCAUGGGCCGCAAGCGAGGCGGACUUUUCUGAGCUGUCGAGAAGACGCAAGCGCGGCCCUGCAAAGCCUCCCAAAGGUGGUAUAUUCGCACAUAUGAUCGACGAGUCCAGAAAAAUGUUUGGGAUCCCUGAACCCGAACCGCCGAGACCUACACCUACGCCGACUACGGGCCGUGGAGCCAAAAUCGAGGCAUGGCUCUCUGACACACCGGAUCCUUUUAUGGAUGAAGCCGGAUCUAAGAAUGAUAUUCCAGCUCCUCUGGAUCUGAAGUCAGGCCGAGCAAGGCGAUCUCAAAAACUUGCAGACGGAGACAUACAACCUGGUACUGAGUCUGAACCAUCAACGAUCAGCGAGCGCCCGAAGAGUUCCGAUUCUCGCCCAAAGAGCGCUGUGAGUAGGCACUCCAAAGGAAAGGAGAGCUUUUCUUCAAUCGAGAAAACACCAAAGGCACAAGAUCGCGACACAGCCUCGGAAUCAAAGCGAGCUAGUAUAGAUAGGACCUCCAAGUCAUCCGUCAAGAGCAAAGAGGAUAAUCCUGUCGAAGACAAGCCUUAUGAGGAUAGUCUCGCGCCCUCAGAGUCCGAUUUACAGCCAUUCUCCGACGGUGGCUCUGAAGUAUCGGGACUUAAUGCACCUGUACCGCUUGGCCGUAAGAAGCCAUUCCCGAGCACCGGUUACCAUCGUUUAUCAACGAUUGUUUCCACGGAAAGCUUGAGCACCACUCUUACAGAUGGAACUGACCACGUACCGAAGUCUACCUCUACCGAAAAACGCAAAUCAAAACUUGCUGAGGAAGCAGAAGAAGCAGAAAGGGAUGACCAGUUCGAUCCAGACUCGCUACCUGUUGUCUCCUCACAACUGAAAAGACGGCUUACCACUCACAAUGACCUCAUGUCUGUGCUAUCUGUUUCGGCUUCGCGGAGCAGAAGUACCCGGUCGAAUCGGAGUAUUCGCACCAACAAAAGUCGUCUGGCCCACGCGACAGUUGACGAUUUGCUCUAUGAGCUUUCGGGUGACGAGACGAAGUAUAUGCGCGAGCUGAAAACACUGGUCGGGGGCGUGAUUCCGGUCCUUUUGACUUGCGUGCUGUCCCGCUCUGAUUCGGCUAUUGCCGCAGGCCUGUUUCGGCCGUCUUUGGACCCCCAAGACGACGUGAACUUCUCAAAGCCAAUCGUCAACAUGGGAGUGGCGAUCGAGCGUCUCAAGAACCUGCACAAGCGAAUCCCGCAGGACAACGCGGAUGCCUUGCUUACAUGGGCGCAAGGGGCCCAGAGAGUCUACCGCGAGUACUUGAGGGCGUGGCGUCUUGGAUUCAAAGAUGUCAUUGUCAACCUGGCUCCUCUAGAAGAAGAUGACGUCACGAACGAUGCUGACACGAAGAGCCUGGAUGAGGGCUUGGAGCGAGACGAAAAUGGCGACUUUGUAGACGGCAACGGGGAAAAGGUCGAUGUGGCCUAUUUGCUGAAGCGACCGUUAGUACGUCUUAAGUACCUAGCGAAGAGUUUCAAGGGUAUCAAUCUACUGGAACCGUCCCCAAAGGCUGAAGAAACGGCUACCGCCUAUCAAAGUCUUGUUAUCGAUGCCCGAAAACGCGUCCGCGAUGAAAGAGCGAGGUUGGAAGAUGACUCUGCUGCCUGUAUCGACCCAACACGCACAAGAGACCCGAUGACCUUGGGCGUCCUCCACGGGAUCGGCAUUGAUCAGACUCGCCAUGUCCGUGCUCGCGACUUCUUCAAUCUGUCGUUGUAUCACUCAAGUGGACAACUUGUGGAUUGUCGAGCCGAGCUUUUAUAUCGAGACAACGCCUCGAGCAAAGGGCCUGGAGGUGAUCUUUUGAUUUGUGAAAUCGAUCAUUCAGAUCGCUGGCUUCUGUUCCCUCCCAUGGACCUAAGAUGUGUUUCAGCCCGCAGAGGAGAAUCGAAACAUGAGAUCGUGCUCAUGCUGCGCAGUGCUCCCGGAGAUGAAACUAAGUACUGGCAAGAAUUGAUCUCGCUCCGCAUUGACGAAGAAGAAGUUGGGUCUGAGUGGGUUUCAUUGCUCGGAUCUGACCCUAUUCCGCCAUCAAUUUGUCGAAGCCAAAGCUUCAUCAGCCGAGCCAAGCAGAACAAGGCUCGCAAGCCCUCUGCCAUUACUUCUCCGCCCAGACCACACCCGAAUGACAUUGAUAUCCCCAUCGGUGAGAAGGCGACCGGUAAACGACGCUCGUGGACCCCUAAAGAGCACUCGUCUGAGCCAAGUACGGUCACCUCUGCUACCGAUGCCAGGAGCUCUUUGUCCUCAAUCGUCACUCGGGAGACUGAUUACACCACUGGAGGAUCCGAGUUGUCUGCAAAACCCGCCCGCCCUGACCUACCUCUUCUUCCUUCCACGGCUCCCAGGAGCUCGCCAACUAGCCCGGACAAGACUCCCACCGGGCUCAAACGAUCCAAGGCGAAGAGGCUUUCUCGCUAUGGUGACAGCCAAGCUUCCGAGACUGCCUCUCAGCAAACUGUUGUAUCCGAUAAAGCACCCGAACACAGCGGACCUGCAGUUGCCUCUCCUCAAACUCCAAGUACGCCAACGGGAGGUAGAUUCUAUGGCGAAUCGGAGGAAUCUCCAGCUAGAGGAUCACCGAGAGAAAAGUCGCGUUCGAGGAUUCCUCAGCCUCAGAAGACGCCUGUCAGGGAACCCGAGCCUGAAUCUCCUAGGGUUUCAUCUGUUCCCUCAGCAACUCUCCCAUUGAUUCCCAAAAUCCGAACCCCUAGCAGCCAAACUCACCUUUCCACUCCGACAAGCAUCGGCCCCGAAGAUGAGGAAGACUAUCCUCCACUUGAAUGCUUGCCCAAGCAAGAAAUUCCGGAGACACCAACAAGAACUAGGAGAAGGAAGUCUCGAAGACGGCCAAAGGAUGAUGACAGUCCCCCCCCCCCCCGCCUCAUCGCUCGCCUAGCCCUGCCAAUGGCAAGCGCUCUACUCCUCCAUGGUGGUGGACUCAAGCGGCGUGGCUCUUCUCCCCUAAAGCACGAAUAUGAACCCUCUACAGCUUCAGACUACUCAGAGACCGACUCGGACGCGUCAACAGUGCGCCACUAUUCCUACUCAUCAUCCGAAUACUCAAGAUCCGGUGGCUUUACUGACUCAGAAGAUGAUUACUCCUCGGUAUCUGAAGACGAAGAAUAUCUUACUCCCAAGCCAAGAGCACCCGACGCGAUUACCGACGCCAGUUCUCUCUCGCCUUCUAAUUCUGUGUCGCAGAGUGGCUACCGUGCUGUGCCGCUGCAGCCUACCAAGACCAACAAGGCCACUGCAUCUGUCUUUGCCUGGUCCGACAAAGGCAACUGGGAGCCUUUGCUUCCUGACGAAUGUAGCAUCGUCGUUAGUCCUGGUCUGAUCGAGGCCUUCGCGGCGGGCUCUGAGCCUGAUGCAAACUCCGAUUCCACAUCAUCAAGACCGCUUAUCUCUCUUGAAUUGACACCACUCGUUCCUAUUCGCCGUGGCACCGCCAUCGAUAUCAGUAUUCGCUCUCCUCCCACCGAGCGAUCCAAGAUCACAUCCAGCAACAACAUCAUGUUCCGGUCUGGCAACCCCGAUGAAUGCGACGCCUUAUAUGGCUUAAUCAACCAAUCAAGAAUCAACAACCCAACAUAUAUCGCCCUCCAAAACGCCCGCGGCCCAUUCAACGGCCAUGUCUCUACCUUUGAACCUGCACCGAAAUCCGGCGGAGGCCUGUUUGGCUGGCCCCGCCGCAGAAAGAGCUAUCGCGCAUCCAGCUCCCCACGUUCUUUAGCGGAAGGAUCCGAAAGCAGCGUGGGAACAAUGAGCAGCGCGUUCUCGGCCCUCAAACGCUUCGGCAACAGCAGCAAAAUGUUCAACAUUUCCCGCUCAACCAUCGAAUCUCGCACCGGCCGCGAAGGCAGCAUCUACUCCGGCUCCGGUGAUUCCGGCAACGACCCAUCCCCCAAUUCGGGCAUAGGCCGCAUCGCCGCAGCAGUCAAAGGCGCCGACGGCAUUGGCCUCUCAAACGCCAAGGUCCGCCUUUACGCGCGUGAAUCCGCCUCCAAGUGGCGCGACAUGGGCGCCGCCCGCAUGACCAUCAUGCCAGCACCACCCAAGAACCCCUCCCGCCCCGGUACUGGCGUCAGCGGCCGCAGCGACAACAGCUCCCCGCAAGGCGACAACGCCGACAACGCAAGCGGCACUUCACCUCCCACAUCAGGGUCCGCCUCCCCGCGCGGCGCUAUCUCGACUGAGAAGCGCAUCGUCAUCCGCGGCAAGACACGCGGCGAGACUCUGCUUGAUGUCUGUCUGGGCGAGAACGCCUUUGAGCGCAUUGCCCGCACGGGAAUUGCAGUCUCCAUCCGCGAGGAGAAUGAUGACGCUUCCGUCGCGCAGAAGGGUGGCGUUGCUACUGGCUCUGGCAAGAUAUUUAUGAUUCAAAUGAAGAGUGAGGCUGAGGCGGCUUAUACCUUUGGGCUUGUUGGCAAGCUCAGGUAUUGA